AUGAAGUUGAGAAGUUUUCUAAGCAACAAAGAUUUACCAAAGGAGGCCAUAGAAGAGGCUAGAGAAAAAUAUGAAGCUAAACGAGCAGGAGCAUCUAGUACCCCAACCAGUACCAGCAUUGGUAUGAAGACAAGAAGUGUUGAGGUUAAGAAAGAGAAACUUACAGAGGCAAAGAAGGAGAAACCUUCCAAGAUACAAUUUAAGAGAAAAGGUAAAGUCAUUGAGCACCCUACACCUAAAGCACCCAAAGUGAAAGAAGUUUACAGGAAGAGGAAAAAGGGGCAAGCAAAAAAACUGACAGCUGAUGGUGAAGAAGAAACUGAAUCCGAAGGUGAGAAGAAAGCUUUGAGAGCUAGUGGCAAAAAUUCAAAGGUUGUAGGAGCAUCUACUGUCAAAUCCAUCAAGAAACCGUUGGUACAUAUUGAGACUGAACAAAUUCUGAAGAAAUUUUUGGGUUUGAUACCUGAUGAGGAGGAAGAGCAACCAGAGAAGUUUAAGGUAGAAGAUCUCCUGGAUGAUGUAGAUAUUGAUGUUUUUUCACAAUAUGAGAUUGUUUUUACUAAUCAAUCGGAAGAUGAAAAACUGGUUAAUGUACAGAGUGAGACAGCUGUAAUUCCUGAUGAUGAUACAGAAAUUGAUACAAUUGGUACAAAGGAGGAAAAUAAAUAUCAAAUUGAGGAUAUACAAGUUGAAGGUGUUCAGAUGACUGAACAACGCGAAAGGGAACCGAAGAGAGGAUAA